AUGCCACUCAAGACGAUUCUCAUCACCGGCUACGCCAACGGCAGUUAUGGCAAUUACCUAGCCAAAGAAUACCUCUGGGGUUCCAUCCGCAUCACCUUCCUCCCUCUCGAUGUCACAGACCGCUACUCAAUCGAGAACGCAUACAGAUCCAUCAUCCAGGGAUCCGGUGGAAAACUCGACAUCAUCUUCCACCCAGCAACCUUUCGAAACAUGGGCAUGGCGAUCGAAUCGUCUCACAUUACGCCAAUGUUGCUGGUACCAUUGAGCUGA